UUUCCAUUCUAUAAAUCAACAGAACUUUUAUCAUAGUAACUUUUAUCUUUAAUUAAAACUGCAUAGUUACUUAUAAUAGACAAUUACAACAUGAAUAAAUGUUCUACUUGGAAUAUUCUGUCUAUAACAGCAUUAGUUAUCUAUUGUCUUUUAAUUUCUUUAACAAAUUCUUGGAAAAUUGGCACAACUAGAAUACCAAAUGAUAAUGAAGAGAUUAGAAUGGAAUUAGAAAAUACUCCUAUAAUGUAUGAAGAAAUAGAACCUACAUUGAAACAAAAACAAAAAUGGAUAUCUCAGAUAUCUCAAGGUGAUUUACCAUGGAUACAUGGAUUAAAUCGAGCUGGUGUAAACCAAAAACCAUAUCAUACACUGGGAAGAGAACGUCGAUUCUUUUGUAAUCCAAUGGGAUGCGUCUAACUGAUACUGAUAAACAACAUUUUUUUUUGAAAAAAACAUAUAAUCAUAUAAUUAUGUAAUCAUAUAAUCAUGUCUGUAUACUUAAACAAAACAUAAAUAAAUGUCUUUCUUGUCAAUAAUUAAUAAAAGUGAUAAAUAAAAUUAUUUAUACAGAAAUCAAAA